GCUAUCAUUUGGUUCAUAUUCUCCCUUGAAUGAGAAAAUAAAAAGCUUCUGAAAUAUUAGCAAAAAAGAAAAAAAAUAGUGUAAACAUGCAUGUGAAGAAGAUUGUUCUACUUUUUGUCAUGGUUUCAGCUUUUCUUUUAUCAACUUCAAUGGCAGGUCGACGACCCAAGUUCCUGAACUUGUUGGCUGAGGAAACGGAUGCAAGCUUUGAGGAUAGUGGUGAAGCAAGUGCAGUCCAUGAAAGGCUGCUUAGAGCAAACAUGAGAGACUACGGGAAAUAUGAUCCAUCACCAGCACUUGCCAAGCCUCCUUUUAAGCUUAUACCUAAUUGAUCAUCAUCAACACAACUUGGCUGCUGGCAUCCUAUCAUAUAUUACUCAAAUAAAUGAACCACUACAACUAUGGUUUAUUUUAUUUAUAUUUUAAUUUAUUACAAAUAUGCUACCAUAUUAUAUGCCAUCUUAAUAGUUAUAGCUAUAAACCCUAUGUACUAGCCUAAUAGUCAGGGUAUUCACUACUUUAGUUGUAAUCUGGGUUCAAGUUGUGUUAAUCGAGUUGUUAUUAUGA